UGCCCUCGCCCAGCGCGAUGGCCAGCCGUCCACCGUGAUUCCAGAACUCGUUCACCCUCUCCUGACCGACGCGGACUUUGAGCCGGCCCCGCGCCGUCGCCGUACAGCUGCAGAGUCUGCUGACGGCGAUGACCAGGGUGCCGAGAAUCGUGGCCGUGGUCGUGCUCGCACCUCGUCCACCCCGAGGACUACUCGUGGUCGUGGUCGUGGUCGUGGCCGUGCCGGCCGUACUCCGCGCACUCCACGUACUCCACGCACCCGUCGGGCUAACCGUGCCACUCCGACUGGCGACACUGAUGCGGAGAAUACCGAGAUGCCCGACGCUGAGACCAGCAACGCUGAGUCUGAAAGUGUUGAGAGCCCUGCCGCUACCGCUGAGGCUGCUUGAUUCUGGUGAGUACAGCCUCGUCUUGCAUGUUUGCCUUCAUCUUUUACGAAUCAAGCUAAAGCGCUCACAGAUGACUAUUGUCUUGCGGACAUCAGACUUCACUGUUUAAAGCGCUAUUUCUUCUCCAACGACUUGGGAACUCGAUAUCGAUUCAGGAUCUGGAUUAGGAUAUACAUAUCCACUGAUAAACGGCAAACCGCAAGGACCAGAAAAAAGUUUGAAUAUUCAAAACAGGAUAAAGCAACUGGAUAUGACGGAUGUGGGUAAUAUGGAAAACACUGUACUUAAUGAGAUAGUCUAAUAAUAUCUAAUAUGGUUCCCUCGA